CUUCUUCUCUCCUCCUCCUCCUCCUCCUCCCUUCGUCUUCUUUCCUCCUCCUCCUCCUCCUUCGUCAUUUUUUUUUUUUUUAAUUCCGUCAAACCGACUCAAAAUCGGCCGGUCCUCCUCCUCCUCCUCCUCCUCCUCCUUCCCCCUCCUCCUCCUCCUCUUCUUCUUCUGCUUCUUCUUCUUCUUCUUCCUCCUCCUCACUCCUUCGUUCUUAUUCUUCUUCUCCUUCUUCCUCCUCCUCCUCUGUUCUUCCACUUCUUCUUCUUCUUCUUCUUCCCCUUCUUUUUUCUCCUCCUCCUCCUCCUCCACUUCUUCUUCUUCUUCUUCUACUCAUCCUCCUCCGUACUCUCUUCCACGACAUCAUGGCGGGUGGUGGCAGGUCUGGAACAGCAGCAGACCAAGGAAAGUGCAAAGGUGGAAGCACCUCCGGUACACCUGCGUCGACGGUGACCUUCAAAGACCCCACACCGGCAACGGACCCGUCACUGUUCGUUCCACAAGACGAGACGAGGCAGCUCAAGCUGCAGAAGGAAACAACGGUGUGGAAGUACGCGGAACAGGGACAGGAGGUUGGGCCGAAUGCACGAGGCGAGUAUUGGGUGAGGUGUCGGUUAUGCUCGCAGAUUUGGAGGGGCACAAGCACAAGGGCGGUCGAGCAUUACCUGAAGCCGCAGAAGCCAUGUCCGUUGAGAACAGGGGAGAUUGUCAACGAGCUCGUCACUGGUGGGGGAAAAGUGCAGCCGGGCGACAAGAAUACGCGGUACCUCCUAAAAAAUUACAGGCAGCUGCAUGGAAUUCCGGAGGGGGGGGUCGUUGCAACGGAGACAGCCGAGGUGGAGGACGAUCUCCCCGGAUACCUGGAGCCACAACCACCGCCCACUGCAGGCAGGGCUGCUGCAAAAACUGACGCGGGAGCAUCGCAGCAAGUGGCAAACGCUAGACCGCAGGUGAAAUUGCCCUCCUACAAGCACAUGAGAACCGUGAUGUUGGACUUCAUCUACAUGCGUGUACAAAAGUCCGUGGAGCCUUUGACAACUUGCUGGGAUGUGACUGGAUGUACUUUCAUCACAGAUGGGUCGAGCGCUCGUCGCGAGCGGCCGAUGAUGAACUUCUUGGCUGCUGGGGAAAGUGGUGCAGUCUUGGUGGCGACGGUGUCAAUGACGGGGAGGAAGAAGACCGCACCUGCAUUGGCAAAAUUGUGGGAGCAAAUUAUGAGGGAAAUUGGGGUGCAUCGCAUCAAUGCGAUCUGCACCGACAACGCGGGGGUGAACAAAAGGGCCGCCCAGAUCUUGGAGCGCCGAACAGACAAGGAUAUCGCAAGGAUCCCAUGGGUUCCUUGUGCUGCGCAUUGCUGCAGCCUUCUUCUACGGGACCUCAGCAAGCUCAAGUGGGUUAAGAACACCGUGAAGAGGGGCCACACGAUCGUCAAGUUCAUAAAAAAUCAUCACAGCACACAAAGUCAGAUGAUGUCCUUGGACGAUUCGUUGUCUCUGCUUCGGCCUACAGAGGUUCGCUUCGGGUCUGUCUACCAAAUGUUGGAGAGGAUUCGCGAUAGGAGGGCGGUGUUGAAGGACAUGGUUGAUGGACGAAAUGCAGGAAAGUGGAAGGCGAUUCGGUGGUCUACAACGAAGUUGAAGGCCAGAGCGGAUUUGGUGUACUUCACUUUGCGGAAUGACAAUCGGUGGAUAGAGUUGCACAAGAUCGGAGGUGCUUGGAGAGGGCCGAAGCACGUCGAGAUUUGGGGUGCCAUGGCCGAGUUCAACUCCAAGCCCACAAGGAACGGCCCAAAGAGGAAGGACACAAAGAUGUGGGACCCCACAGUGAAGGCAGAUGUUGAGAGGAAGACACCGUCAGAGUGGUGGGCAGCACAUGGUGGCGAUGUGCCCGAAUUGCAGAAGAUUGUGAUCAAGGUUAUGGGCAUGUGGAGCACCGCAUCACCGGCGGAGAGGACUUGGACUUCCAUGGACUUCAUCCACUCCAAACGAAGGAACAGCUUGGCGCCGGAGAGCUUGGAGAAGCUCGUCUGCAUCCACUGGAACAUGCAGCUAUUGCGUCUUCCGGAGACUAAGGACGGGGGCUAUGUGGAUUUGUGGAGUUCGUUCGUCGAGCCCAUCUCGGAGCCUGCAGAGGACGACGGAUCAUUGUUGAAGGGGCCCGAGGACGAGGCCGAGAAGACAGAGGAGGAGCUUGUUCGGAAAGGAGGCUCUGAUUUGGACGAUGAGUUGUGGAAGGGGAAGUGUGGAGCGUCAGACAAUUCAACUGCCAACGAAGAGGAGGCUGAUGUUGAUUCCGAUUUUGAGCUGCAACCAGAGCCUGCAGUCCCGGGCACAACGUAUGUAGGCAGGAGGCGAACUGGACAACAGCGUAGAGAGGAGGCACGCCUGGCAGCAACACCGGCCACAGCAGGGGGAACAGGACAGUACGAUCCGCAGCUCGACGUCAACUUUGCACAGCCAGAUACGGACCUCGAGAUGUUGCUGCAAACCGGGGUUGACGAAGAUGAAGAGGAUGCCAACCGUGCCAAGGCUAUGGCUGACAGGGACAGCGACCUAGUCCGAAAACGGAUGAUGGAGGAGGAGGCCCGCCGUGCASCUGUCCCAACCSGCAGAGAGAUURAGAGAGGCCAGAAAAACGCCUUGGAGCAUCAACAGCAUAUGGAUCGGGCUUUGGGGGUCGUGGAAGAGGUAGAAGAGGAAGAAGAGGAGGAGCARCAGCAACCAGAGGAGGGAGAGGAGAUGGAGCGGCAAGAAGAGGGGGACGACGUGAUGCAACGAGAGGAGGGAGAGGACAUGGAGCAGCAAGAAGAGGGCGAAGACGUGAUGCAACGAGAGGAGGGAGNGCAAGAAGAGGGGGACGACGUGAUGCAACGAGAGGAGGGAGAGGACAUGGAGCAGCAAGAAGAGGGCGAAGACGUGAUGCAACGAGAGGAGGGAGCGGACAUGAAGCAGCAAGAAGAGGGCGAAGACGUGGUGCAACCGCAUGAGGAAGAGGAGAUGGAGCAGCAAGAAGCGGGCAAAGACGUGGUGCAACCACAUGAGGAAGAGGAGAUGGAGCAGCAAGAAGAGGGGGAGGGCAUGGUGCAGCAGGAGGUGCAGCAUGACGUGCUUGGAAAGGCCCACGAAGACAAGCCCCAGUCCACAGCAACAGUUGUGUACACACGCAGGCCACGACCAGCGGACUCUCCGGAGUCCGCGGAUAAGAUGUUGAAAUUCCCUGAGAUAAACGAGGCUGUCCAACAUGACAACCUGUGGGUGAGCAGGGUUGGCAGGAAAAGAAAGGAGCCAUCACAGGACGCCCCUGCACAGCCCAAACGUGCUCGUGGCAGGCCUCGAAAGAACAAGACCGAAGCGCCCGCUGCACCGGCUCAAAAAAAAAAACCGCGACGCAGGCACAAGACAGUGGUGGAGGAUGACCCAGAUUCGGAUGACGGCAGCAGACAGUCAUCUGAGGAGGAGGGCUGCUACGCUGAUUCCGAAUGAGAUCAACAGCUCUUAAGAGUGUGUGUGUGUGCGUGUGUGUGUGUGUGUGUGUGUGUGUGUGUGUGUGUGUGCAUGUGUGCAUGUGUGUCUGUGUGCGUGUGUGUGUGUGUGUGUGUAAGUGUGUCUUUGUGUGUGUGUGUAAGUGUGUAAGUGUCUAGUACGAUGUAUACGCGCGC